CCAACGCAACCCUCUUUUGCCGUCGAGCGUGCUCUGCUCUCUCCGCUAAGCAGAUCCUCUGCGAUUCCUAUCUCCCUACUCAAUCUAGGUUUUCUUUUCAGGAUCGAGGGGUAGAUUUUUCGGUGGGGUUGCUUGGAAUCCGAUAAAAUGUUUGGUAGGGCUCCCAAGAAAAGCGAUAACACUAAGUACUAUGAUGUUCUUGGAGUUUCCAAGAACGCUUCGCAGGAAGAUCUGAAGAAGGCGUAUAGGAAGGCGGCGAUCAAGAACCACCCUGACAAGGGUGGUGACCCGGAGAAGUUUAAAGAGUUGGCACAAGCUUAUGAGGUAUUGAGCGACCCGGAGAAGCGGGAGAUAUAUGAUCAAUACGGAGAAGAUGCUCUGAAAGAAGGAAUGGGUGGUGGCGGUGGCGGCCAUGACCCCUUUGACAUAUUCCAAUCCUUCUUUGGUGGCAACCCAUUUGGUGGUGGUGGAAGCAGCAGAGGCCGGAGGCAAAGAAGGGGGGAGGACGUCAUCCACCCCCUUAAGGUUUCUCUGGAAGAUCUCUACAAUGGGACAUCCAAGAAACUGUCCCUUUCUCGCAAUGUAAUCUGCUCUAAGUGCAAGGGGAAAGGGUCCAAGUCAGGUGCAUCAAUGAAGUGUUCUGGGUGUCAAGGAUCUGGGAUGAAAGUUUCUAUUAGACACCUUGGCCCCUCUAUGAUCCAGCAAAUGCAACAUCCUUGCAAUGAGUGUAAAGGUACAGGUGAGACCAUUAAUGACAAGGAUCGAUGCCCACAGUGUAAGGGUGAGAAGGUUGUACAAGAGAAGAAAGUGUUGGAGGUCAUUGUAGAGAAGGGGAUGCAAAAUGGACAGAGGAUAACAUUCCCUGGAGAAGCUGAUGAAGCGCCUGACACAGUCACAGGUGACAUAGUUUUCGUCCUACAACAGAAAGAGCAUCCUAAGUUCAAGCGCAAGGGUGAUGACUUGUUUGUUGAGCACACCUUAUCCCUGACCGAGGCACUCUGUGGAUUUCAAUUUAUACUGACUCAUUUGGAUGGUAGACAGCUUCUCAUUAAAUCCCAUCCAGGAGAAGUGGUCAAGCCUGACCAAUUCAAGGCUAUAAAUGACGAAGGAAUGCCCAUUUACCAGAAGCCAUUCAUGAAGGGGAAAUUGUACAUUCACUUUGCAGUGGAUUUCCCUGACUCCCUGAACACGGAUCAGUGCAAAGCUCUUGAAGCAGUGCUGCCUCCGAGGACUUCAACACAGUUGACUGAUAUGGAGAUUGAUGAGUGUGAGGAGACUACCUUGCAUGAUGUCAACAUUGAGGAGGAGAUGCGGAGGAAGCAGGCUGCCCAGGAGGCAUAUGAAGAGGAUGAGGAUAUUCAUGGUGGUGCUCAGAGGGUGCAGUGUGCCCAGCAAUAAAUGGUGAACAAAGCUGGCGGUUGAAGGGGAGGGGGGAUGUCUAAGGGUGCAAUGGGCCUCACUAUUAAUGCUAGGUAAACCUGAAUUGGGGAAGAGAAUUUUGUUGACUAGCAACAAGACAAUAGACAAUGGUUUUCAAUUGUAGGUGCUGUCUGGAUUUGGAUGCAUUUGUUUGUGUGAGAGAAUACACUAUUUUUAAGCCUUUUAAAGCAAUUUGAGAAACCUAUUAUUAUGUUGAUUU